UUGGUAAACGUAGUUGAAUUAUUUUACAGCUUAACACAGUAUCAUCAAAUUUGCAUUUGGUGAGCAAACACAGAGGCACACUCUCGCGCUUUUCAUUUUCUAUGUUUUGGUACGAUCACAUUCUUCAGCUGCAAACCCUUUUCUCACAAAAAACCCUAGCUUAUUUUGGGAUUUAUUGCUCUGUUUUUCAGUAAAGAAAGAAUGAUAGAGGGGAGGAAGAAAGAGACUAUCCCCUUGCAGGAAACAGUUGUGCGGAAUCCAAGUGUUAACUGCAGUGUAACAGCAAGGAAUUUAAGGACUAAUGAUCUUGGAGGUGUCAUAUUUGGAUGUACAAGACAUACCAUGAAGGAGUGUCUCUCCAACCAGAUAUUUGGUUUACCAUCUUCCCACAUGGUAUACGUAAAGAACGUCAAACCGGGCUUGCCACUCUUCUUGUUCAAUUACUCUGAUCGAAAAAUACAUGGAAUAUAUGAAGCUGCAAGCAAUGGAGAAAUGAAUAUCAACCCAUAUGGAUGGACUGAAGAUGGUCAAGACCGAACUCAAAAUCCUGCACAGGUCCGCAUAUGUAUCCGAAAGCAAUGCAUGCCACUGUCUGAAAACCAGUACAAACCAAUUGUCAUAGACAACUAUUACGCUGAAGAUUAUUUUUGGUUUGAGCUCGACCAUGCUCAGACCGGUCAGUUAAUCUCAUUGUUUGAAUCCUUGCCCGUAGCUGUCUCUGUGUAUCCUCAAAAUGCAGAUAAGCAAAAAUGGGCUUCUAAGCUUGGUAAAAAAGUUAAAUCAUCGGAGACAGUUUCAGAUAGUAUUGUGACUCAAUUGAUUCAGCAUGAGGCAGCAGAUGAGUCUCAAGCUAAGCUUCCACAGUAUUCGUCAGGGUGGAAUGUUCUACGAGAUAUGAGCUCCGACCCUUGUGAAAAUAAAGAGGACAGUCCCGGCACUUCAGAUUCAGAGGAUGACACUCCAUGGGAUGAGCGAAAUAACUUUGAGUUAGGUUUAUCAAGUGCUACUCUAUGUGAGGAUGUAAAGAAUUUGGAACCUGAUUUAUGUGAGAAUGUAAAGAAUUUGGAACCUGAUUUAGAUAAGGUUGAGGAAGUGAACGAGGAGGAACUUGUCUACCGUAAACUAUUGCAGUUGGUUAAUGAAAGAGAGAAGGCAAGAUGUGAUUUAACAGGUGAUAAAGACAAUGUUGGUGUGUCGUGUGAUUUGAAUGCUAGCCCUGCGGACUUCAAUUGUGAGCCAGAGGCACCGCUUGUUAAUUCAGAGAAGCAUGAAGUGGUUUCAACCAAUUCUUCUGACACUCGCUUUUCCUCACCUACCUCUUUAGAUGUCCAGUCCAUUGUAGAUCAGUUGAGGCAAGAAGUUGAAGAGGUUAAGGUUCAACAACUUCAAAAGACUAGUCUAUUUGAGAUGAAACUGACUAAGGCAGAGAUUCACGUUCAAAAGUUGAUAGGGCGUGUCAAAGAACUAGAGUCUCAGCUGAUUCCUUCCACUGCAUGUGUACAGAGUCUAGAGACGUGUUCUGCUGAUAAGUCUCAGCUGAUUCCUUCCACUGCUUCCACCGCAUAUGUAGAGAGUCUAGAGACGUGUUCCGCUGAUACCAUGGACAUGGAGGGGUUCCUUGGCAAUAAUAAGCUAGUAUUCUUGUUUGGUGGAUACGACGGCACUACUUGGUUGUCAAACGUGGACUGUUAUUCACCUAUUAGUGACACCAUGAAACGUCUAGGACCAACAAACUUAGCCUGUUCACAUGCCGCAGCUGCUGCCCUCUGUGGUGACAUUUACAUAAUUGGUGGUGGGGAUGGUACUGUCUGGUGCAAUACAGUUGAAUCUUACAAUCCACAAAGAAAUGAGUGGACCUCACGCCCUUCAUUAGCACGCAAAAAGGGAUGCUUAUCUGGGGUAACUUUAGGUAGUAAAAUUUAUGCAAUUGGUGGUGGAGAUGGAGUCACCUGUUUUUCAGAUGUAGAAAUGUUUGACCCUGCCUUAGGGAGGUGGAUCCCUACUCAGUCCAUGCUACAAAGGAGAUUUUCUAGUGCUGUAGCUGAGCUCAAUGGUGCAAUUUAUGCUGCUGGGGGUUAUGAUGGAGAAGGCUACUUGAAUUCAGCUGAACGAUUUGAUCCGAGAGAAGUAGUUUCUUGGUCCAGCAUCCCAAGUAUGAACAUUCGAAGAGGAUGCCACUCCUUAGUCGCUAUGAAUGACAAAAUAUACGCAUUAGGAGGAUAUAAUGGAGCGAACAUGGUUUCAAGCGUUGAGGAAUUUGAUCCUCGUAACAACUCAUGGAUAGCACGUGAUGAAAUGAAGGAAGCUAGAGGAUAUGCAACUGCAGCAGUCUUUGGAGAAUCAAUCUUUGUUAUUUCAGGGCUGAAAGAUGGCAAAGUAUUGACAGAAACGGUGGAGUGUUACAAAGAAGGUGAGGGUUGGUCCGUGGCUAACCUCAAGGGUGCAGGAAAGAGAUGCUUCUUCAGCGCAAUUUGCAUGUAAAAUGUCCUAGCAUGUGGUUAGGAGGAGCAAAUCAGAAGUUUUUCUUGAUCCCUGGUGGGCUUUUGUUGAUAGUAGUAGUAUCUUACAUAUUAAUCCUAGUUAGAAUCAAGCGAAAUAUAGAAACUAGACAGAGAGUAUACUAUCUCAGUUGUUGCAUGACCAGUCUUUUGUAUCAGCUUCUGGGGCUAACGCAUGACAACAUGCCUAUAUAUUGGCUAUAUGCAGCAGGCACUGUAAUUAUUGAUUUGGAAGGUUGCUCGAGGUUAGAACUUGAAAGUCAGGAAAAAAAAGACUUCACUUUUACCAAUUCUAUU